GCGGAGGAAGAGCGAUGGCACAGGUAGCAGGCUAGGAAAGUACCGCAGUGGGGAAAAAAAAUGACUGGAAGAAACCAGCAUUAUGCUUUCCAGUCUGCCACAACGGUACAGCCAGCCAAUGGUGGCCAUGCUUACAUUUUCGGAAACAGCACUGCCUCUGAAAAUGAGUUUUCUGAGGAGGACAGUGACUGCUAUGAGCUUCGAUCAAGAGGCAAGGAAAGGCUUCGCAGGUCAACCUCCAGAGAAAGGAUGGACGACAUCAUCUACCUGAUCAGAGACAUCAAGGAAGGGGACACUUUAAACAGCAUCGCGCUCCAGUAUUUCUGCACGGUGGCGGAUAUAAAGAGGGCCAACAACCUCCUGACGGAGCAGGACUUCUUUGCACUGAGGGCCGUCAGAAUCCCUGUGAGGAGGUUCAGUGUGCUGACGGAGACGCAUACGCCCGCGGGUCUCCAGGCCGGCUCGCGCGGGGCCUCGGAAACACAGCCGCCGGGAGCCGCCACGGACCCCUCCUGCUCCCCGUCCUCGUCCGCCGAGAGCGCCGGCAGCUUCCUGCAGGAGAAGGACAGGGACAUCGAGCUCCUGGUGAAGUCGGCGGACCCCUCCAAGGGCAGCCUGAACGAGGUGGUCUCCUCCUUGCGCCCCCAGCUCCAGCCGGGGGAGCCCGAACGCAGGCCGGCGGGCCGGAAGGACCCCUACUACGGGGCGGACUGGGGCAUGAGGUGGUGGACGGCGGUGGCCAUCAUGCUGGUGGUGGGCAUCGUCACCCCGGUCUUCUACCUUCUGUACUACGAGGUGCUGAUGAAGGCCGACGGCGGCCACCACGCUGCCUCAGAGCCACCACAUCCGGCUCCCACUGUGCCAGCAUAGCUUCUU